AUGGAGAUCGAGCCGGAGAAGCAAGUGAAAUACGUUGCUUGUCGAUUGAAGGGGGGCGCAAGCGCGUGGUGGCUGCAACUCUUGCAAUCCCGCCGAAAAGAAGGUCGGGGUCCAGUUCGUAAUUGGAGUCGAAUGAAGCAAUUACUCCGCGCUCACUUCUUACCUACAGAUUAUGAACAAAUGUUGUAUCUACGAUACCAACAUUGCGUUCAAGGCUCUCGAACGGUGAAUGACUACACGGAGGAGUUUUAUCGUCUUAGUGCUCGAAAUAAUCUAAAUAAGAACACUAACCAGAUGGUUGCCCGCUACAUUGGCGGACUCAAGGAUGCUAUACAGGACAAGCUGGAACUCAACUCGAUUUGGUCUCUAUCACAAGCAGUAAAUUUUGCGUUGAAGGCCGAGAUUCAGCUCGCUAGGGGAUAUAAGCAGCAUACUACUAGGCGACCAUACAGCGAGUAUCAUGCUGAUCAAACUAAGACUUCGAUAGCCAGUGGCAGAGCACCUGCAGCCGUGACGACCCCAACUUCUGUUACUUCUUUGCAGAAUACACAGCCUGGGUUAUCAGCUGGUCCCAGUACCGAUCCUAAGUUACAGCAAAAGUUAAAAUCACCAAUGCGGGACAACCCGUAUAGCAGGCCAACAACGGUUAAGUGCUUCCGAUGUUUUCAAGUCGGGCAUAAGUCAAAUGAAUGUCCAAGCAGACCUCAAUUGCAACUCACUAAUGCCGACGUUGAAGAUGUACAAGGAGAACAGGAAGAGCAGGAACCUGAGUUGGAAGAAGUAUCACCUGAUGUCGGAGAACCGCUGAUUUGUGUUCUAGAGAAAGUGUUGCUCGCUCCUCGGCAACGUACAAUAUCACAGCGGCAUGCCAUUUUCAAAACUCGUUGCACUAUUGGGGGAAAGGUUUGUGACCUCAUGAUUGAUAGUGGAUGUACUGAAAACAUCGUGGCUCGUUCAGUUGUGCAAGCUUUGCAACUUAAAACCACCAAGAAUUCAAAUCCCUAUAAAAUCGGAUGGGUUAAAAAGGGAAUGGAGAUUAUGGUCACUGACAUGUGCCGGGUCACAUUCUCAAUUGGCAAACACUACGUUGGCGAGGUGUUAUGUGAUAUUCUAGAUAUGGAUGUGUGCCAUGUCAUUCUGGGUCAACCAUGGCAAUACGAUGUUGGGGCCCUUUACGAUGGUAGAUCUAAUGCUUAUUCAUUUGAUUGGAAAGGAAAACGGCUCAAACUCCUACCUUACCCUAUUGAGAAGGCUGAUCCAGUUAAACACAAACCUGCUGUUAUGCAAUUGGUAACAGGUUCUGCACUUGUACAAUUGGGGAAGGAGAGCUCACUAUUGUUGGCUUUAGUCAUUAAGGAUCAAGGGCCCAAGUGCUGCCAAAUGAUGCCGGAGGCUGUACAAAAACUGUUGCAGAAGUAUAAAGAUAUCGGACCGGUGGAGCUCCCAGCUUCUCUACCACCACUUCGUAUCUUACAGCACCAGAUUGACCUGAUUCCGGGCGCUUCGUUGCCUAGUUUACCGCAUCACAGGCUAAGUCCAAAAGACCACGCAACACUGCAGCAACUGGUAGAUGAUCUACUUGAAAAAAAUUAA